AUGGCUUGCAACACGUCCAUCGCCUCCUUGUGCGCCUGGUCCCACUCUUUCCAGAGCUUCUCGAGGUCGCUCUCCAAGGCCACGGCGGAUGCACGGACCAUUGCAAUGCGGUCGACAACCCGCUCAUUCUUUUCCACGGGACCUCCGCCACCGACGUCACCGCGUCCAGUGCUCUCGCGCGUCUGCACCUUGACCAUCCAGGACUCGGCCGACCGGCUAAAUGGACAGAAACGCUUCCUCCCGCUGAGCCAUGCGGCCGAGUUCAGCCUCGAGCUCGUCUUGGGCAGCGGCCAUGCGGUUGGUGGCUUCCGAGUGCAGCUCCUCAGCCCGGCUUGA